AUGGCACUCGAUGACGCACGUUGCCGCUUGCUCUGGAAAAACCGCGCUGUGAAGAACAUCGAGCACAAGAACAUCGAGCACAAGAACAUCGAGCACAAGAACAUCGAGCACAAGAACAUCGAGCACAAGAACAUCGAGCACAAGAACAUCGAGCACAAGAACAUCGAGCACCCCGCCAUAUGA